UCAGAGAUCUGAUCUGUAUAAUACCCCCUAUAUACAUACAUACUCGUUUCAAACUCAAAAACCACGAUCUAAAGUGUCAACUCUGUGUAAAUUGUAUAAAAGAAUCCACCAAAGAAAACUUAGUUUAUUUAGUUUACUUCUCUCCCCUCCAUUUGGGUUUUUGUGCCAUUGAAUUUGUUUAUGAAAAACACUCGGAAAAGAACUCAACGUAUAUCAUUAUGUGAAUCGAAUCGAAGCGAACACUCUUUUUAACGAACAUUCUUUCAGCGGCGUUUUGGUUAUGUUUUAAGUUAUUUUUUUACACACCACCCCAGCAAAAUUCCACACAGUGAAAGUGCUUAAAAGGACCACGAAAUAAUAAUGAAAUGUAAUGCCUAAAUAUGAACUAAGAGCAAAGGCAACGAAGCCUGUAAAAGUUAUAAAGUGCCUAUAAAGUGUUGUGCAAAAGAACUAUAAAAAAUAUAAUUUUAAUAAUCAACAACAAAGCAAAUAUAAUAAUCAACACCCAGCUUGUAAACUAAGCUACAAAAUUAAUAGAAUCGUUAUUAAUUGAAAAAAUAACAAGAGGUUUUCAUAAAAGAAAUCACCAGAUUCAAUCUAAAUACACAUAACAAAGAGCCAAGGCUUCUCUAAUACGAGUUAAGAUCUAUCAAAAUCUUGAAUAACAAAAUGAAACACGGGUUUCCAGUAAUAUAAUGAAAAAUACCGCCAAGUAAUCUAAAAUAAUUAAAUAACCCAAAGCGGAGGUUUCCAAUUUCCUCGUUUUCUCGCUUUUCCUUCGUCUUUGCGGUGUACAGUUUUCGUUUUGCGACCACUUUUCGUUUGCCUACGUGCCAGAAGAAGAAGAAGUGCAGAGGUGGGGAGAGGAAGAAGAGAGUCAACGUGUCUGCGCCCCCGCUCCGCCCCCUGUUAUAUUUCUCUCUCUCUUUGUGCCCCUCUCACUUCUUGUCGAGCAUAAAUAAUAAUAGUAAAUAACCCAGUACCAAGUGACAGUGCAUAACCGAAAUGAAAAUAAAGUAAAGUUAUUUUUCAGUUGAAAUUGUGAGAAAAGUGAAUGCCAAAAACUAAGCUUCGUGUGUUAAAUAAUAAAUAUUCGAAAAGGGCGCCAAAAACGGGUGUGUGCGUGUGUACUCCCAGUUGAUAAGAUUGUUCAAUUGAUUUUUUAACGCCUAAUUGGCCGCCCAUCAAUCGAUUUACAUGCAAUGUGGGACACACGCACACAGACUGUUUGCCUCAGAAAAUUAAAAAUACAUAAAUAAUUACUCGUCUGAAUAAAUACAAAUACAAAACAAAGUACGUGUUUGCACAACAAAUACAACAAAAAUGCAAGUCAAUAAACUUUUUGUAUGACAAAAGAGUGUUCGAAAAUGCCGCAAAAAAAGAGAAGGGGAAAGCUUUUGAAACCCAUACACAUACGUGUAUGCGAAAAAGCUUUCGAGAGCCCAGUGUGUGCGUCGAGUUUUUUGCAAGUGUUUUUCAAAAAUAUUUUCAGUUUUGCCAUGCCACAAAAAUGUAUCAAUCAGACGUCGUUGUUUCCCACAGUGUAUGCAAUUCCACAAAUGCCGCGAAGAUUCAAAUUCAAUCGCCAACCGAGUUCGAUGCAAAUGCCAAGGCAAACGCAAGAAAUCAAUACGAAAAUAAUGGCAGGUGUGGUUGUUCAAGUGCCAGAGAUAAUGCCAGAGAUAACGAAGAGAUCGAAAUCGAAAUCGAAAUCAAGAUCGUGUGCAAGUUCAAGUGGUUGUGACCCUCGCAUCGAAUCAAAAUCAAUAUCAAUAUCAUUAUCAGCCAGAGAUUGACGACGGGAUGCGGCCUUUUCCACCGACCAUGUCACGAACUUACACGAAUGAUUGCAACGCAUUGAUGAGAUCGAGAAUCUCAAACUGGAGCAGGCCCGCAUGGGUCAGCAGUGCGCGGACGCCCUGCGGCGCGAGAAGAUCCUCAUGCGGCGGCUGGCCAACAAGGAGCAGGAAUUCCAGGACUAUGUGAGCCAGAUUGCCGAGUACAAGGCCCAACAGGCGCCAACUGCCUUGGCCUUGCGCACUGCCCUUCUCGAUCCGGCGGUCAACCUUCUGUUCGAACGGCUCAAAAAGGAACUGAAGGCCACCAAGGCCAAGCUGGAGGAGACCCAGAAUGAGCUGUCCGCCUGGAAAUUCACACCGGACUCCAACACGGGUAAGCGCCUUAUGGCCAAGUGCCGUCUGCUCUACCAGGAGAACGAGGAGCUGGGCAAGAUGACCUCCAAUGGCAGACUGGCCAAGCUGGAGACCGAACUGGCGAUGCAGAAGAGCUUCAGCGAGGAGGUCAAGAAGUCGCAGUCGGAGCUGGACGACUUCCUUCAAGAGCUGGACGAGGAUGUGGAGGGCAUGCAGAGCACCAUUCUGUUUCUACAGCAAGAACUGAAGACCACUCGCGAUCGCAUCCAAACCUUGGAGAAGGAGAACGCCCAGCUGAAGCAGGUUAGCACCAAGGAUGAGGUUGUGGCACCGGCGACAGCCACCAAUGGUGGCACCAACCAGACGGUGGGCAAACUAGAGACCAUCGAUGAGAACGCCUGUCUGGCGAGCAACCCAUCAAAUUCAGACUGUUACAAUGGCAACACUAACAACGAACAGAUCGUGGCCGUGCCACAGAUACCACCGGCGGACGAGAGCAGCAAUAGCAACGGGAAUGCGGCGCGACUGGCCCGCAAGCGAAACUAUCAGGAGGAGGAGAUGCCACCAAUAGUGGUGCCCAUAACAACGCCAGUGGGCAACACCGUCCAGGAAGCGCCGCCAAUAAGGGAAGUUACUGCCCCUCGUACUCUGCCGCCCAAAAAGUCCAAGUUGCGGGGCAUAGCCACGCGACGCAACUCUCAGCUUGAAGAGGAUCAUCAGCCCGUGACGACGCCAGUGGCUGUGCCGCUAGUCCUGGACAACGCCGUGGCCGGAAUGGCCAGUGAAGAGGCGGCCGCUGCUGCGGCGGCGACCAGCAACAACGCGGAGACGGGAGUGGUGGUUGGAGCUCCAAUUGAGGCUAGCGAUCCAGCUGCUCCGGCGGCACCGGCCCGAAUUCUGACCCGACGCCGGUCAGUCCGCAUGCAGCAGAACGGCAGCGGAGCGGUCGACUACUCCACCUAAGCGUUGUUGGACCUUUUUUUUUAUAAAAAGGGUGCACUCUUUAUGAGUUCGUCAUAUUGAUCGUUAAUUCCUGACGUUUACUUUUGUGAAUUGAGAUUUCAGAACCAAGACAGACUUCAUUUUAUAACUCUAACCUAUCGUAUUAGAUUCUUUUAUUUUUUUACACAUGUCUUGUAAAAUACGUUUGUUAUUUUGUUUGCAUGCAGCAUAGGCAUACUUAAUACCCGAAUUAAUUAGAAAUCACUGCAAUACAUACGAAAUAUAAUUAUGUAGACCAGUGUACCAUUUCAGCCCACAUGUACGGUCGAUCUAAACAAUAAUGCUAAAACUGAUAACCUAUUUAUGUUUUUAAAAACCACGGCAACUACUGAAAUGCUGAAAAAGGAACUUCGACAAAAGAAAAAGAAAGAGAACUCGUCAUUUAGCUAAAUUAGAUUUUAAUUAUGAACUUAAGGCCUUUUUGUAAUACGAUGAAAGUUGUGUAAAAUAAUAUAAACUUGUGUUAAAAUAAAUUGUUAAGCAUAACAAAUAUUUCAAAUAA